CAAACACUUUCACAGGACACCCUAGGCUACUCUCAUGAAUUCUAGAAAAGGUGACUCGGACAUCUAUCUCUUCCGGACAGAUUACCUAAGAAUUUGGGGGCUCCAGCUCCAGGCCCCGGAGCAUUCCGAGAGAUGAUGGUACAUGAUGAACUUCCGGCCUCCGAACGCUGGAGGGCACUGUGAUCUCUCAGCGACCUCGCGCCCGGAAUACCAGGCGCAAGCGCAGUCUCGGCUUUCAGCCGGCUUCACACGUGUAAAGCUUGUGGGCAAGCUUUUUGAGAAAAAUGCCCAAAUUCAAGGUGGCCCGUGGGGCCGGCAAUCAGGAGAAGCAUGCGCCUUUGGCUGAGCAGAUUCUGGCUGGGAACGCAGUGCGCGCGGGGACCCGAGACAAACGGCGGGGGCGCGGGGCCGAAGAGGAAGAAGAGUACGUGGGACCCAGGUUGAGCAGACGGAUUUUGCAGCAAGCCCGGCAGCAGCAGGAGGAGCUCGAGACGGAACAUGGGACUGGAGAGCGACCGGCAAAGCCGCGAGAACGCGCCACGAGGCUGGGCGUGCCACAGGAUGGAUCUGAUGAGGAGGAUGAGGAAUGGCCCACCCUGGAGAAGGCGGCCAAAAUGACCAUGGUGGAGCACCAAGCAGAGGUGGUCGUGGACCCUGAAGACGAACGUGCCAUCGAGAUGUUCAUGAACAAGAACCCUCCCGCCAGACGCACCCUGGCCGACAUCAUCAUGGAGAAGCUGACUGAAAAGCAGACAGAGGUGCAGACUGUCAUGUCGGAGGUGUCAGGCUUCCCUAUGCCGCAGCUGGAUCCCCGGGUCCUGGAAGUCUACAGAGGAGUUCGGGAGGUAUUAUCGAAGUACCGCAGUGGGAAACUGCCCAAGGCUUUUAAGAUCAUCCCUGCACUGUCCAACUGGGAGCAAAUCCUCUAUGUCACUGAGCCUGAGGCCUGGACUGCAGCUGCCAUGUAUCAGGCCACCAGGAUUUUUGCCUCAAACCUGAAGGAGCGUAUGGCACAGCGCUUCUACAACCUUGUCCUGCUUCCCCGAGUGCGAGACGACAUUGCUGAGUACAAGCGACUCAACUUUCACCUCUACAUGGCACUCAAGAAGGCCCUGUUCAAGCCUGGAGCCUGGUUCAAAGGAAUCCUGAUCCCACUGUGUGAGUCUGGCACUUGUACCCUCCGAGAAGCCAUCAUCGUGGGCAGCAUCAUCACCAAGUGCUCCAUCCCUGUGCUGCACUCCAGUGCGGCCAUGCUGAAGAUCGCAGAGAUGGAAUACAGCGGUGCCAACAGCAUCUUCCUGCGCCUGCUGCUGGAUAAGAAGUACGCGCUGCCCUACCGGGUGCUGGAUGCCCUGGUCUUCCAUUUCCUGGGCUUCCGGACAGAGAAGCGCCAGCUGCCUGUGCUCUGGCACCAGUGCCUUCUGACAUUGGCACAACGCUACAAGGCUGACUUGGCCACAGAGCAGAAGGAGGCCCUCCUGGAACUGCUUCGCCUGCAGCCCCACCCACAGCUAUCCCCUGAAAUCAGGCGUGAGCUUCAGAGUGCAGUCCCCAGAGAUGUGGAAGACAUUCCUGUCACCAUGGAAUGAGAACAGUCACCUGUCUUGGUCCAGGGGACAUGGGAGGACCCCAAGUGGUGGCCCAAGAUGUAAAGACCUAGGUCAAGGUGCUGAAGGGUUGCCAUGGCAUCUGUGGCUCCAGUUCUGGCCAGGGAGGACUCAAAUCUGGCUUUGGCUUUCUCUGCCACUCUAGGCUUUGGUCCCUGCUCACUGGAAGCUAACUGAAGUUACCCCAGCUC